AUGGCUCACCACAUGAAAAAACACCCUGGCCAGCUCACAAUAGUAAUAAAGCUCGGUAAAUUCUUUCCCCAUAUACACCCUCCCCACAGCAGACGACAGGGAACAAGCUCCAUUGUGGACGAAAAGACUCACCAUCCCCUCCUCUCCAUCCUCUCCGCCAUUGUCGAAACAGCCGUCAAACUCCAACGAGAUGGCCACCGCGUUGUAUUGGUAUCUUCCGGUGCCAUUGGCGUGGGUCUCCGCCGUAUGGACAUUGAGAAGCGCCCGAAACAUCUCCCACAGGUCCAAGCACUGGCCGCCAUCGGCCAGAGUAGAUUGAUGAGCCUGUGGGAUCAAUUGUUUGGACAUGUGCGGCAGCCAAUUGCUCAAAUCCUCCUCACGAGAAACGACAUCGCAGAUAGAACGCAAUAUCAAAACGCACAGAACACUUUCUUCGAGCUAUUGCACAUGGGCGUCAUCCCAAUCGUGAAUGAGAACGACACUCUGUCAGUCACGGAAAUCAAGUUUGGUGACAACGACACACUCUCCGCGAUCACGGCAGGCAUGGUCCAAGCAGAUUAUCUCUUCCUCAUGACCGAUGUGGACUGUCUCUACGACAAGAACCCGAGGACCAAUCCCGAUGCUAAAGCCAUCGAAGUGGUCGAAGACAUCUCGGAGGUCCAGGCGGACGUCAGUAGUGCUGGAUCGGCUCUCGGAACCGGAGGCAUGGGCACGAAGAUCGUAGCCGCAAGCCUGGCCACGAGUGUAGGGGUAACGACCGUCAUCACGAAGUCGUCGAAGCCAGAGAACAUUGGCGCCAUCAUCAGACAUGCCGAAGCACAGAGGGCGGCAAGGAUGUCGGGACGGAGCAGCGUGGUCAACUUCCAGGAAGAAGGUGUGCCGCAAACCGCGGCUCUGAGUCUGAAUGAUGCUAACCACAAUCUUUCAGCUACUGCCCCCCCUCAUGAUACCCAGAAUCCCUCCCCCUCGCCUCAUUCUGAAGAUGAACAAGUACCACUACACACCCGCUUCCUACCAAUAUCACACCCAAUUCGAGACAGAUACUUCUGGAUCCUGCACGGCCUGGCGCCUCGCGGCACCGUAUAUAUCGACCACGGCGCCUGGAAAGCGUUGAACGACAAAGCAGGCCUACUCCCCGUAGGCAUCGUGGACGUCGAAGGCCACUUCGCACAACAAGAAGCCGUACGGCUGAUAGUCGUCAAACGUCUCCCAUCGUCCUCCUCUACUACUCACAACACCUCCAAUUCUGGACCCACAUCGCACGCAUCAACACCGUCGCACACGAUGACCAUGGCGCCCACUCCGAAUCGCAACUCGCUCUACGAGCGCUCACAGUCAGGCCUGACCCAUUCUCUUUCCUCUUCGGCGAUUCUCACGCCCCCGGCAUACGAGCUGCAUGAUCCCCCACCAUUCGAGGUCGGUAGGGCCGUGAUCAAUUAUUCAUCCGCCGAAAUCAAGAGAAUCAAGGGACUGCACAGCACGCAGAUUCACGAGGCAUUGGGGUACGCAGACAGCGAGUACGUAGCGCUGCGAGAAAACAUAGCAUUCUUUGGAAUCGAAAGAUCGAGGCCGAGCACCCCGUCCUUUGGCCGAUCGACAUCAGAACAAGGAGAUACCCAUUGA